AUGGGGAAGGAGAAGGUCCACAUCAACAUCGUGGUGAUCGGCCACGUGGACUCCGGCAAGUCCACCACCACGGGCCACCUCAUCUAUAAGUGCGGCGGUAUCGAUAAACGGACCAUCGAAAAGUUUGAGAAGGAAGCUGCCGAGAUGGGGAAGGGGUCGUUCAAGUACGCCUGGGUGCUGGACAAGUUGAAGGCCGAGAGGGAGCGCGGCAUCACCAUCGACAUCUCGCUGUGGAAGUUCGAGACCACCAAAUACUACGUGACCAUCAUUGACGCUCCCGGUCACAGGGAUUUCAUCAAGAACAUGAUCACCGGGACUUCUCAGGCGGACUGCGCCGUGCUGAUUGUGGCCGCCGGCGUGGGGGAGUUUGAAGCCGGCAUCUCCAAGAACGGUCAGACCCGCGAACACGCCCUACUGGCCUACACGCUAGGCGUGAAGCAGCUGAUCGUGGGCAUCAACAAGAUGGACUCCACCGAGCCCAACUACAGCCAAAAGCGAUACGAGGAAAUUGUCAAGGAAGUCAGCACUUACAUCAAGAAGAUAGGCUACAAUCCAGACACUGUGCCUUUCGUUCCAAUUUCCGGCUGGAAUGGCGACAACAUGCUUGAUGCCAGCCCCAAUAUGCAAUGGUUCAAGGGGUGGAAGAUCACCAGGAAGGAUGGUAACGCAUCAGGCACCACGCUCCUGGAAGCCCUGGAUGCCAUUCAGCCACCCACCCGUCCAACAAACAAACCUCUCCGUCUGCCCCUUCAGGAUGUUUACAAGAUCGGAGGUAUUGGCACCGUUCCCGUGGGUCGUGUGGAAACGGGCAUCCUAAAGCCCGGCAUGGUGGUGACGUUCGCUCCCGUCAACAUAACCACUGAGGUGAAGUCGGUGGAGAUGCACCACGAGGCCCUGUCAGAGGCUCUGCCUGGUGACAACGUCGGCUUCAACGUAAAGAACGUGUCCGUUAAGGACAUCCGCCGCGGCAACGUGGCCGGUGACAGCAAGACCGAUCCGCCGCAGGAGGCAGCCAGCUUCACUGCUCAGGUCAUCAUUCUUAACCACCCUGGCCAAAUAAGUGCUGGCUACGCACCUGUGCUGGACUGUCACACUGCUCACAUUGCCUGCAAAUUCGCUGAGCUCAAGGAAAAGAUUGACCGCCGCUCUGGAAAGAAGCUGGAGGACAAUCCCAAAUUCCUCAAGUCUGGAGACGCGGCCAUCGUGGACAUGACUCCGGGCAAGCCCAUGUGUGUCGAGAGCUUCUCCGAGUAUCCCCCACUGGGCCGUUUCGCAGUGCGCGACAUGCGCCAGACCGUGGCCGUGGGAGUCAUCAAGGGUGUGGAGAAAAAGGCCUCCACCACCGGCAAAGUCACCAAAUCUGCCCAGAAGGCCCAGAGGAACAAAUGA